AUGUCGAGGCUCAGCGUGCGCGCGCUGCGGGUGUUGACGCCCGCGUCCGCCGUCGCCUCGCUGGUCGCCAACGCCAUCGCCCUGUGUUCCAACAGCUGGCUCCACAGCACCGAGCUCAUGCCUAACCCGUACUACAACGGGUCCGGGGACCGGGAGCAGCUCGCCAAGAACACCGUGUCGGGACUCUGGAAGAUGUGCUUCAACGAACCUGGCAAAACGGAUAUGCACUGCGUCUUGAUCGACUACUUUCCCAAGGAAGAGUACAGUCCCGAUCCAAACGACUCAACAAUGGCAAUACCAUACGCGGUGAAGCGGGCGUCGGCCUUCAUCCUGAUCAGCGCCCUGGUGCUGCUCGUCGGAGAACUGCUCUGCUUCUUGGGACACCUCUUUCGCAGGGGUCGAGUGCUCACAUUCGCCGGGGGAAUCGCCUUCAUCCUCUCCGGACUGAUGAUCCUGGUCGGCAUGGUCAUCUACAUCUCCACCUUCAAGGCCGAGGUGGGCUCAAAGCUACGCCCCAAGUCAUCCUUCCAGGAGCCCCUCUUCACCUACAGCUACGGCUACUCCUUCCUCCUGGCUGUCACGGGCCUCAUGUCCUGUGAGCUGGCGGGAACCUUCUCCAUAUUCCUCUGCAUCCACCGCUACCAACAGCAGCUCAAGAAGAAGCUGGAGAGGCACAAGCCCGUGGACCAUCUACCGGGCUGCCGACGCUACAACCAGCCGCUGUCCUCGUCUUCGUCGUCGACGAGGCACCACCACCACCGCACUGGCAGCGGUCACCAGCACCACACGUCUUCCUCGUCGCCGUCGUGCUCAAUGUCGCGAAGCGCCGGCCCCAGUCGCCGGGGUCGCGGGGUCGGAACGGGCUCGGAGCCUGGUUUGGUGUUCGAGCCGUCGGCGUCGCCGCCUCCGCCGCCGAGGCACGUGCUCGGGAGGAGGGCAUCGCCACCGCCGCACCUGCCCAUGUCCGAGUCGAUGAGGGACCUAUCGUACUACAACUUCCCGCCGUUCUCUAGGGACACGACGUGCAACACUGUGUCCACCACGGCGGACAACCUCACCCGCGAGUACUCCAGGGAGUUCUCGUUCGAAACGCUGCGCAGAACGACGCCCGUUUGAGGGUACACUCGCAUUUUUUAAAGAUAAAUCUAGGCCUAUGCGGUUAGGCCUAAGGAAAGUAGGUCCUUAACGUUUUGCCCCGACAGAGCUAGGCCUA